AUGUACAAUCCAAUGACAAAUGGCAAUGUAAUGUCACAUUCAAGUCAAAUGAGACAAUUCUACACUCAACGUUCUAACAAUAGUCAAACCCAACAACAACAGUUGCAGCAACAACAUCAGAUACCACAGCAACAACAAAUAAUUACCACUCCUCUAACUCAGCAGUCAUAUAGUGGCCAUCUGUUGUUUAAUCAACACACAACAGCGCAACGCAUUAAGGAAUUCUGGGCCUGUUGCAAUUGCUCCGCCCUUAGAAAUUAUUGCCUUAUCGUCCCUUAA